ACGUAAUCCCCUAAUAAUACCAAACGGGUUUAAUUUGGGGUCUCCGUGAUCUCUCUCUUUCUGUUUGAAAUCGAGAAUUGAAGUAGAAUUAGGGUUUUGGAUGGCAGAAGAAGAAGAGAAGAACAAGUAUAGCAUAAUCGUCCCUACUUACAACGAACGACUCAACAUCGCUCUCAUUGUCUUCCUCGUCUUCAAGCACAUUCCGGAUGUUGACUUUGAAAUAAUAAUCGUUGAUGAUGGAAGUCCCGAUGGAACUCAAGAUAUCGUCAAACAGUUGCAGCAAGUCUAUGGCGAUGAUCGCAUUCUAUUAAGAGCUAGGCCCAAAAAGCUCGGAUUAGGGACUGCCUACAUUCAUGGUCUGAAGCAUGCUUCGGGAAAUUUUGUUGUAAUCAUGGAUGCUGAUCUGUCACACCAUCCAAAGUACCUUCCACACUUUAUAAAGAAACAAAUCGAAACGCGUGCGGAUAUUGUUACUGGGACCCGUUAUGUAAAAGGUGGUGGUGUGCAUGGUUGGACCCUGAUGCGCAAAUUGACAAGUAGAGGGGCUAAUGUUCUUGCACAUACUCUUCUUUGGCCUGGUGUAUCAGACUUGACGGGCUCCUUCCGUCUUUACAAGAAAUCUGUGCUUGAAGACAUUAUAAGCUCGUGUGUGAGCAAAGGAUAUGUUUUCCAGAUGGAGAUGAUUGUCCGGGCUUCAAGAAAAGGAUACCAUAUUGAAGAGGUCCCGAUAACUUUUGUUGACCGAGUUUAUGGAAGUUCCAAGCUUGGUGGAUCAGAAAUAGUCGAGUAUUUAAAGGGUCUUGUGUACCUUCUCGUUACUACAUAGUAUAGUCGACUUUAUGGAAGUUCUCGAUAUCUAAUUGCUUUGAUGCAUGUGUUCAUUUGCCUUGAUAAGUCAUUAUAAUAGCUUUGUUAGUCACUUAUUGGAAUAUAACAUAUUUUAACGUCUUUUUUUCUUCAAA